CGGCGGCCAUGUUGAAUUUUGUACAACGCACAGGGAAAUGUCAGCUGGCGAUUGCCGUAUUAUUUCUGACUUAUUUCUGAAACCGUGAUAAACAUUUCGACGGAAAAUAUAGGAUAAAUACUACCUUGUUUACACCAAGAACAUAACUCAUGUAGUCAUUAUGAGAUCGGUUUAUAAAAAGUGAAAUUAUGACAGAAGUGAAUCAAAGGUGGCAUGCGAUUUCUCUCUUACAUUUUUAUAGUUUGUGACGGAUAAAAUGCUAUUAUGCUUGACUUUUUACCCAUAAAUUACUCUUUAGUUUAUUUGGUUUUGAUAUAAAAGUGCUCAAGUGAUUAAUCAACGGUUAAGUGUGUUUAUUAUCUAAAACCGAAACAAGUUGCAUUCGUCAAGAUUUAUUUUCCCCAUAUUUUGUGAUCCCUGGAGAAAAGCUGAGUGAAAAGGAUUAUCUUUAUAAGUGUACAAGAUGAACGGCUCCGAAUCAGGGUUCAACCCGGCCUUUAAUAUUGCGACCAUAAAGCAAGUGGUAAAUGAGGCCAUUGAAAGAGUCGCGCCGGUUUCAGUGCGCAUGCCCACGCCGACCCGGCUGCGGGAUCUCAUCAGACAGAUCAGGGCAGCGCGUACGGCGGCGGAAGAGCGGAGCGUGGUCAACAAGGAGUGCGCCUAUAUUAGGUCCACUUUCAGAGAAGAGGAUAGCGUUUGGAGAUGUCGCAACAUCGCAAAACUUCUCUACAUCCACAUGCUAGGCUACCCAGCGCACUUCGGUCAGCUGGAAUGCCUCAAACUUAUCGCCAGUUCGCGGUUCACUGACAAACGAGUGGGUUACCUCGGCGCCAUGUUGCUAUUGGAUGAGCGGCAAGACGUCCACCUCCUCAUCACGAACUGCCUCAAGAACGAUCUCAACAGCAACACCCAAUUUGUGGUCGGUCUAGCAUUAUGUACACUGGGCGCCAUCGCCUCUCCAGAAAUGGCGAGAGACUUGGCAUCGGAAGUCGAGCGGCUGAUCAAGAGUCCAAACGCGUACAUAAAGAAGAAGGCAGCGCUAUGUGCGUUCCGCAUUAUAAGAAGAGUUCCAGAUUUGAUGGAGAUGUUCCUUCCGGCUACGAGGAGUUUAUUGACGGAAAAGAAUCAUGGUGUCCUUAUCACGGGCGUGACGCUCAUCACAGAGAUGUGCGAAAACAGUCCCGACACACUGAACCACUUCAAAAAGGAGAGCGGACAGCGCGAGAUCGUUCCGAACCUCGUACGGAUACUGAAGAAUUUGAUACUAGCCGGCUACUCUCCCGAGCAUGACGUCAGUGGAGUCUCGGACCCCUUCCUUCAGGUUAAAAUCCUCCGCCUUCUCCGGAUACUGGGCAAAAACGACGCGGAAGCAUCAGAAGCCAUGAACGACAUCCUGGCCCAGGUGGCCACCAACACGGAGACCAGCAAGAACGUGGGCAACACCAUCCUGUACGAGACCGUGCUGUCCAUCAUGGACAUCAAGUCUGAGAGCAGUCUGCGGGUCCUAGCGGUGAACAUCCUCGGAAGGUUCCUUCUGAACAACGACAAGAACAUCAGAUACGUCGCGCUGAACACGCUUUUGAGGACGGUGCACGUCGACACGUCGGCCGUGCAGAGGCAUCGGACCACCAUUCUGGAAUGUUUGAAGGACCCCGACAUCUCCAUCCGGCGGCGCGCUAUGGAGCUGUCAUUCGCGCUCGUGAACCAGCAGAACAUCCGCAGCAUGAUGAAGGAGCUCCUCGUGUUCCUGGAGCGCUCGGAGCCGGAGUUCAAGGCGCACUGCUCCAGCGCCAUGCUGCUCGCCGCCGAGAGAUACGCGCCCACUAACAAGUGGCAUCUGGACACGCUGUUCAAAGUGUUCCUCAAGGCGGGCAACUACCUCCGAGACGACACCGUGUCCAGCACCAUCCAGAUCAUUUCGUCAGCGCCGGCCGAGCGGCAGGCCUACGCGGCCAUGCGGCUGUGGAGCUCCCUCGAGCGCUCCGCCGUCAGCGGCGACGCCUCCGACAAGCAGCCGCUAGUGCAGGUGGCCACGUGGACGGUAGGAGAAUACGGCGAUCUGUUGGUGUCAGAAGCCAGCAAUGCUAUUUCCAUGGUCGAUGACGACGGCGUAGAUGACUUCGAGCGGCCGCGCGAGGAGUACGUGAUCGACAUCUACCAGAAGCUACUGUGGUCCACACAGUUAUCCAUCACCACGAAGGAGUUCCUGCUGCUGUCGUUAGCCAAGCUGUCCACCAGGUUCACUAGCCAGCCUAGUCAGGACAAAAUCCGAGUGAUUAUCGACACGUUCGGAUCUCACAUUCACAUCGAGUUGCAACAGCGAGGAGUGGAGCUAUCUCAACUAUACAGACAAUACGCGCACCUGCGGCCGGCCCUGCUGGAGCGCAUGCCGCCCAUGGAGGCGCCGUCGGCGCGCGCGCGCGACGACCACGAGCCCGACAGCGAGCCCGAGCCCGCCGCCGAGCCCCUCACCGCCGGGAGCCACCAGGACGCCCUACUGGACCUAAUCAUCGGGUCGGAACCGCUCACGAACGGCGACGCCGAGCAUCGCACCGACGUCGCGCCCAACAAUAACAACAACAACAAUACCAACACUAAUGACAUCCUGGACUUGCUGAGCGGGUUGGAGCUCACCAGCACUCCGGCGCCGGCGCCGCCGCCCGCGCUCAACAACAACGCGGCCGGCGCCGCUAGCCUGCUGCUCGAUGGCCUGUUCGCCGCGCCGCCGCCUGUAGCUUCGCACCCCUCGCUGACGGUCCCGGCGCUGGACAAGGCGGGGCUGGCGGUGGUGCUGGAGGUGGAGCGCGGCGCGCCGCACUGCGUCACGCUCACCAUGCGCGCGCGCAGCUCGCGCCCCGACCCGCUCACCGACUUCCUGUUCCAGGCCGCCGUGCCCCGGACGUUACAGCUGGAUAUGAUGUCACCAUCGGGCACAGUUCUGCCUCCGCAAGGAGAAAUCACUCAGGUUCUGAAAAUCAACAAUCCGUCGCGGACGGCGCUCCGGCUCAGGAUACGAGUGUCGUACGUGUGCGAGGGCGCGCCCGUGCUGGAGCAGGCGGAGGUGAACGCGUUCCCGGCCGACCUGUUCAACUGACGCGCGCGCAGCCCGCCCGGCGCGGGCCUGUAGCCGCCCGGCGCGGCUCGUGCCGUGUGGCCGCGCCCGCCCGCGGGACAUGCUACUAGGGGCUGGGAAAUAGGAACAACGCAGUGAUAGCUGCGCACGGCGAAUUGCAACACGGAGGUCAACAUUGUUUUCGUUGAAUUGUAUUUUGUCCUUCAAAAACAUGACGUAUAUCAGUGGUGGGCAAACUUUUUUAAUGGCGGGCCAGAAAGUUUAAGGAAUUUCAGAGGAGGGCCAGAAUUGCAGAAAAAAUGCAUUUUAUUUCUCGGUCUAUGUACAAAUUAUAACGAAGGACAGGCGGCGGGCCGAAGCUGGCCCGCGGGCCGUACUUUACCCACCACUGACGUAUAUAAUAGUACAUUACGAUACAAGUGAGAAAAAUAGGGAAUUCGCAACGAGUGGGGACUGAACACGAGUUGCGAAUUGUCUAUUCGCACAUGUGUCGUACAACAUUUUAC